AUGGAUGCCACCAAGCAAGAUGACCAUGACCAUGACCAUGACCAUGACCAGGACAAUGAUGAGACGCGCAGCUGGGCAGGGGACUUUGAUCCCUUUGCCGAGACUGAGGAGCGCAGAGUGCUCUUUGCUGCCUUUGAUUCAUUCCGGCAGUAUCGAAGCACAGCCCAUCUAAACACCACCCAUCGUCGCCGGCAAGCCUUCUAUGCCCUGCCAUCCUCUCACUGGCAAAUGCUGGCAGAACCGCCCUUCUCGAUCCUCGACACCUUCAACCGCGUGGACGACGCCAUCGAUGCCAACGCUGACAUCGCUGACGCAAUCCUCCAGGCGGGUUUGCAAUCCUUUGGCCUCCCCGCCAACCCGGACCCGGACGAUGCACGCCAGAACUGGCACGGCACCGCAACCCAGUCUGAUAUCAGCAAAGCUCAUUCGACGAUUCGGCAAUUCUACCGAGACUGGAGCGCCGAGGGCAAACGAGAGCGCGAGGUCUGCUACGACCCGGUGAUCAAGAUCCUGCACGAGAAUUUCGACAACCAGCCUCGCCCCAAAUCCGACGUCCGCGUGCUGGUCCCCGGAGCGGGAUUGGGCAGGCUGGUUUUCGACAUCUGCCAGGCUGGGUAUGCCGCGGAGGGAAAUGAGAUCUCCUACCAUCAAUUGUUGGCCAGCAGCUGGAUGUUGAACCACUCGCGGGGCGCCCAGCAGCAUGCUCUGUACCCCUUUGCCCUCCAUUUCUCGAAUCUCCUCUCCCGCGAACAGCAGCUGCAGAAGGUCAUGAUCCCGGACGUCCACCCUGGUUCUGCCAUGCUGGCUGCUCAAGCGCAAGAGGGAUCCUCCUUCGGGACGAUGAGCAUGUCUGCCGCCGACUUUGUCGUGCUGUACAGCGGCGAGUCGCAGCAGAACGCCUUCGACGCGGUCGCGACGGUGUUCUUUCUCGACACGGCCCCGAAUCCGAUCCGGUAUGUCGAGGCCAUCCGCAACUGCCUCAAACCGGGCGGAAUCUGGAUCAAUGUCGGCCCAUUACUGUGGCAUUUUGAGAACGACGACCAGAGAUCAUCCAACAACAAAAACAACAACCAACUUGACGCUGAACAUCCAACAUCGCGGCGAGACGAGGCCAUUGGAGAACCUGGCAGCGUGGAGCUGACCGAGGAAGAAGUGUUUUACCUGGUGGAGCGAAUGGGAUUCCGCAUCGAGCGACGGCAGGCACCGGCAGAGCGACCGUACUGUGGCUACAUCCAGGAUCCGGACAACAUGCUCCAGAAUCUGUACCGACCGUCGUUAUGGGUGGCGCGCAAGAAUGGUUGA